GUUUGAAUGCGUGAAGUCUUACUCGUGAUUGCUUUCAGUGUUAGUAUUACUGCCAAACAUGUUAUCAACAAAUCAUUGCAUUUCGCCUACAAUUCAGUGAACAUCUCAUCGAAAGUACAAUACAUUUGUGUUUAGCAUAGAGUCUAUGCCAUAGACUUCACACUCAGACCUGUAUUGUGUUUGCAAUUCAUGUUUUGAUUAAAAAAUUUCAUUAAAAAACAAUUCAUUUGAUAUUUAGUUCAGUAGACGUGCGGAUAGUUCAUAGAUUACUUGUACUGUAUAUAAUGGUAUUGUAGCUAAUAAUUGUGAGCAAGGUGAUUGUGCCGUGGAAUCCGUGUGAUAAUCAAUGGCCACAACCAAACACCGCAAGAAGUUGUCAUCGGAGGGCGACUGCAAUGAAUCCAAUAUCAAACACCGAUUGCACCACUUAUUCGGUCAAAUCGAGAAGGAAUUCGAUGGACUCAUCACCGAAAACGUCGCCCGUAUUGCCAUUUAUUAUCUCAUU